CGCGUUUGCAUGUGACUGUCGGAACAGCUGUUGGUUCAAAACUUCUUCCCGGAUUUUGCCGGGUUUCGCUUUGGGUUUAUUUGGUUAGUGAAUACUGCUGCCACGAUGAUGCAUCUAGAGUGGUAUGUGACGAAGAUAAAGCCAGCGGUGGAAGGCUUCAUCAAGGAGCCCAGCAAGGACACGUUGUCGGUGGUGGAGCGCGCAAUCGAGGGAUUCAACUUUGGAGAAAUGCGCAUUUACCAGGUGCAAACGGUGGUGCCACUGGUGGUCAAACUGGAUGAGCUAACCGGAGAAAACCAGGAACUUCGCACCAGCCUGAUGAACUGCUUAAGCAACAUUGUCUCCAAAACAUACCUGGCCGAUGAGAAGGGUCUGCGUUCCAUCCUGGUGGUGGUGCUGCAACAGGUACGCGACUCCAAGACAGCGUCCAUGCGACCAAACCUUUCCGAGGAAAUCAAACUGGCAGCCGUUCAGUGUAUAUUCGAGGCACUUCGUCGCUCCACCACUGAUGUGGUGGAAUCUUUCUACGUUAAGGAGACUGCGAUGGUUAUUGGCCAGAUACUGAUCAUGCUCUUGGAAAUCAUCGAACAGGAAAAGUAUCGAAAACUCGUACAGACAGCCAUUCAGUGUCUGAUGAUGGUUUUCUAUGUCCAUGACGAAUCCGAUCAAGUGGAUGUUGUCCUGCGUAGUCAGGUAGCCAAUACCAUAUUUAUAUUCCUUCCCAAGGUACUCAUCGUGCUGUUCAAAACAUCAAUGAAAGAUGACAAGGUGGGAGAGACUAUAAAAUCGAUGGCAAUUCAAGCGCUGGGACGCAUUAUUUGCAUAAUGUUUGAGGAGACCACUAAUGAGUUUAUAAAAAUGCGCUACGAUGGAGAUGCCUUCCGCAAACUGUUCAAAAACAACGAAGAGGCUCAUCAAUGCGAUUUCACCUUUUUUGCCAGCAAGAAGGCUACUACAGAACAGAAUGAGGAGCGAUUGCAUCAAAUGCAAACGGAGCUUCGUUCGCAUCAGUGGGUGGCCGCCACUUCGAGGCACCUUCGACCAAUAUUUGCCGAAAUGAGUAUUCUACGGACUCACAGCGCAAUACGGGUAAGGGAAUCCUACUCCGAUAUGUGUUGCCUGUUGCUAAAACAUUGUGCUUACAAUCUGAGGGGAAACUUUCUCCAUGUACUAGAGAGCGUAUUGGCUCUGUCAGAGGACGAGAAUGAGAAGAUAGCCCAGCGGUGCAGGGACACCCUACUUCUGCUGCAACAACAGGCCAGCAGCCAAGACAUAUUCGAUGAGAAUGCGGAGAUGCUGCUAGAUGCACACCUCAAUAAAUGGCCACGCAUACUGCAUCGCUGCGAGGACAACGAACAGUUUGCCGAGCUUCUGUUCUUCAAAGGAUUCCUACGCAACGUCAACACCGAUAAAUUGCAGCUAUUGCUGCUAGUUCCCAAAAAUCUGGAGAUGUUCGUCACUUGUCUGUUGACAGCACUAGAUCAACGGCCAACCAGGGACCUUCUCAACGAGGAAUACUCACUUCGACGUAUUCGAGAAGGUGAUUCCAAAGGUCUGGCCGCCGAACUGGCCAAACUGCCUUGGAGGCAGUUCAAGUAUCUAAGCUCAAGGCGUACAGUUGAUAUCCUAUAUGACAUUGGAGCCCUGUUGGGUACUGAGCCAACAAUAAAUCGACUUGUAUUUGAUUACUGUCAGGAGAUGAUUCAGCAAAGGUCACCAUCCAUGAACGAGUGUGUGCUGCUUCUAACACUGAUGGUAACGCCGCAGGAGAAGAAGGCGCGGGGAAGUCGACUGGUGCUGGCUAAACUUUUCUUGGACCAGAUCCUUCGAGACGAGCAUUGGAACCUGGCCCUUCAGCCGGACUCGGCGUGGCGCCUUAAGGUCAACAAGCCCACGCAUUGGUUUGAGGACCGUACUCCUGGCAUCUAUUCAUCGGCGAUUGAGGUACGCACCCAGGACUGCGAUUCUGAUGACGAGCAGACGGAGGUGGUCGGUAGUCGGGUGACCAUUGCAGACGCCCAGUUUAAUGUUCUGCACACCUGCCUAAUUUUGGAUGCAGUGGGUCACUGUGCCAGAUUUAUUGGUGAUACCUUCGACAGGCAUAUAUUUUUAAGUCUACACAAAGUGCUUCUCAAGGUGGCUAGCAGUAACACUAUCGUCCAUCAAGCGGCCAGUUUCGCCUUCGUUUCCAUGCAGUACGCUCUUAAAUAUGCGGAGCCCUCACAUUUUAUCGAAUGCUCCACCGACUACAUCACUUUUCACCUAAACGCGUUGCUAAAACGAUCGCCAGAUAGCACGGCCGCCGUGGACAUCCUCACCGUCGUGUUGCAGUACAGCACACGCGGCAAUGUGCCCCACCUGGACAGCUUAUUCCAAACUAUACGCGAAGAGUGCUCCAAAUCACACCAGACAACCAACGUGCACUCUUAUCUUCGCGUCUUCAAAUCAUUCCUGAAUCAUGUUUCCGAUUGGCAUGAUGAUGCUGCGGCGGAGGUUGAUACCGAGCUGCCGAUGCAAGUGGAUGAGGAGCAGAAUGUCCUAAGCACGUGGAUGAGUGUGCUGGAGAGGCCAAAGUUAUUGAAAGAUCUGAAUGGCGACACCAACAUGGGCGACGCCGAGGAGCCGGCAAAGGAUGAAGCCGACGAUGCGGAUGACACGGAAGAGAAACCCACGAAGCCCGUGCUUCCGCGCCACGUGGAAAUGGUUAAGGAUAUACUAGGUCAAGUAAUCAAGUUCAUUUCCACCGCCGAUCAGGGGCAGCAGAUUGCAGCUUUGGAAUGUUUCUCCAGUGGUCUGCCAUUACUGGCGGACUACGAGGACGAGCUGCUGCCAUUAGUGCAUCUAGUGUGGCAACCUCUGAUCGAAAAAUUCCGCCAAAAGGACGCAUUGGUGCUAAACCGAUGCUUCACCCUGCUGCACUUGCUAGGCGUUCAUGCCAAGGACUUUAUACUUAAACGCAGCCUUAGUGAUGUGAUACCCCAGUUAAAGCAGUUCCUGAAGACAGCAUCCCUGCACAGCAGCACGGAGACCUCGCAAGCGCAGACUCAGGAGUACAAACUGCAGCUUAAGCUGCUGAAGAGCCUCGCGGACUUUAUACUCGGUCUUCAGAUAGAGGGAAGACAUCUGCACGAGAUCAUGAGCACGGUGGUAAUAUACCUAUCACAAAUACAGCCGCAAGAGCUACAGACGCCGGCCAGAGCGUUCUUCCUCCAGCUUAUUUCUUACAAUGGACCCUUCGUAUACGUUACGCUGUUGCAGCGGGCCCAUCUUCAGGAUUAUCAGGCUAAUGUUAACCAGAUCUUCGAGGUCAUGGGCUUUAGCAUAGCUAGUGGACGAGAUCUUGGUUAAUAAAGAACGGACCGAUUUUUUAUUUCAC